UCCAUAGAGCUUGGCUUUCAAGAAUUAGAAGAGGCUUCAAGAACUCUUCUCUCUCUCUCUCUCUCUUCGCUUGGUCUUCGAUCUUUUACGUCCAUACUUGUUUUCGAUUGUCCGACCUAGAGAAAUAAUCAAGAAAUCAGUAAGAAAUGGCUCUACCUCACAGUGUAUGGGCAUUUUCGUUUGGAAUCAUGGGUAACAUCAUAUCAUUCGUCGUGUUCUUGGCCCCAGUGCCAACUUUUGUAAGGAUAUGCAAGAAGAAAUCUACGGAAGGAUUUCAAUCUAUUCCUUAUGUUGCAGCGCUUUUCAGCUCCAUGCUUUGGAUUUACUACGCUAUGCAAAAAGAUGGCUCAGGCUUCCUUCUAAUCACCAUAAACUCUGUUGGGUGUUUCAUCGAAACCAUCUACAUCGUCCUAUUCGUAACCUAUGCUAACAAGAAAACAAGAAUUUCCACUUUGAAGGUUCUUGGUCUCUUGAACUUUUUGGGUUUUGCUGCCAUUGUUCUUGUCUGCCAGCUCUUAACCACAGGAUCGACACGUGAAAAAGUUCUCGGAGGGAUUUGCGUUGGAUUCGCGGUCAUUGUUUUCGCAGCUCCUUUAAGUAUCAUGAGACUGGUGGUACGAACAAGAAGUGUGGAGUUUAUGCCAUUCUCUUUAUCGUUGUUUCUUACACUUAGUGCCGUCACGUGGCUAUUCUACGGUCUCGCUAUUAAAGACUUCUACGUUGCGCUUCCAAAUGUGUUGGGCGCAUUCUUAGGAUCUGUUCAAAUGAUUCUCUACAUAAUUUUCAAGUACUACAAAACACCCGUGGCUCAGAAGACAGAGAAAUCCAAAUCGGUUUCCGAUCAUUCCAUCGACAUAGCGAAGUUAACCACCGUUAUACCCGGUCCGAUUUCGGAUUCAGCCGUUCAUCCACCGCCUGCUCCGGAGACUCAGAUUCAAGUAACCGAGGUCAAGAGCCAGAACAUGACCGGUCCGAAAGAUCAUAACGACAAGGAUGUCCAGAACCAAGACCAAGUUUAAGUAGUGAAUCUUAUUUAGAGACUUAUUAAUAAGGCAUUGUUUGAGUUGUGCACUCUAGCUAACUUUUUUAUUAUUAUUAUCUUUUUGUGUUUUGUGGUUUUCGUUUACUUUAGUUAGGUUCUCUCUUGUACCUCUUUCCUCCCAUCAUUUUCUUUCCAGGUAUCUGGAAAACGUGCUAUGGUCAAUA